AUGCCGCAGACACUGCGGCGGGUGCCCGGUUGCGCCCUCGCAUCGUUGUGGCUGCUUUUGCUGCUUCUGUCGUUGCUGCCCUCAGACGUGUUCGGGGCGACGCUGGCCGACGGUGACGGCGCGGAGGAUGCGGCGGAAGUGACCAGGCGGGAGUACCGCUGCCGCACCUGCGUGGCGCUGGCGACGGUGUUCCGCGAGGAGGUCUUGCGGCCCGCUGCGGGGAUGCAACGCGCGGCGGCUGCAGCGGCGGACCGCAGCGACAGCGACGCGGUGCGGGCGGGCGCGCGGCAGCGUCUCGUGGUGAACGUGCACGAUGCCAUCGACGGUCUCUGCCGCCGCGUUCAUGAACUCCAUCGUGCGGAACACAAAGUGCGGGCCGUCGACGCCUCGGGGCGCGAAGGUGCGGCGGAAAUGCGGGAGGAGCUGCGCCUGCACGAGGAUGACGUGCUCGGCUCAAGAAGGGCGGUGCGGGACGCCGUUGAUGGCCUCUGCGCGGCUGUGCUGGAGGAAGUGAAUGAGCCACUCGCCCUGGAGGCGUUUGCGGCGCUGCUGCCGAAGAGCAAGAAGCCCGACGAGGCGUCUGCGACGGAGCGCGACGCAGCCCACCAGCUGGGCGAGGCGGGCGCAUUCUGCGAGCGGCAACAGAUGUGUGGACCCGCCACUCUUCAGAACAUUGCGAAUGAGGAUGCGACGCGGCGACGACUAGCGCAGCAGCUGAGCAAGACGCAACAGCCUUUGCUCCCACGGCAAUGGCGGGAGGUGGCUAAGGCGGCGUUGCUGGUAGCAAUCCUUGUCCUGCUGCCGCUCUCGGCCGGACUUCUCCUGCGACGCUGCUGGGGGAGGCACACCGCCGCCGCCGCCGCCCAUGGUGCACACAAAAAGAGUGAUUAG